GGUAUGGCAACCGGCAAAUGAAGAGGCUUUUCCUGAUGAUUUUCCUCAAUGUUGCUUAUUCUACGACCGAGUUCGGGAUUGGGCUUAUUAGUGGCCGUGUCGGUUUGGUAUCUGAUGCAUUUCAUUUUACAUUCGGGUGUGGUCUUCUUACAUUCUCCUUGUUUUCUAUGGCUGCUUCUCGGAAAAAGCCUGAUCAUGUUUACACUUACGGG